UAAUUUUCCUUUUUUCUUUUGUUUCUACCAGCUCAGGUAACAACGAAGAAGGAAAACGCAAAACGGACAGAAACCCAAGAAAAUAAGAAAAAGAAAAGGAAGCUUUUCACAUAUUUCUAUUCUUCGGAAUAAUUACUUUACAUACUUUUAUUGUAUUUUCCUUCUCACUUGUUUCAUAAGUGUAUCAUAAUACAACCAUAAUAUGAUAUUUUCGUUGAUGCUUAGAAACAUUUGAGCCAUGUUUUCAAAGCGGGACUUAUACUCUUUUAAUCCUUUUUAUUUAUAUAUUUUAAUAUUGGAAUCCAAUGGAAAAUGCUUUUCGAAGAAUGCCUUUUGUCGAUGGCUGAAGUAGUAAAAUCACUACGGGUACACCUGUUACACCUUCCCUUCCAAACAUAUUCAUACUUAAUAUAUUACCAUGUCUGAUCGAGAGGAAAAGUUAGCGCUUGCAAAGCAGAGGUUGCAAGAAGCAAAAAAGAAGAAACGUCAAGCGAAAACAAAAGACGCUCGUUCGGCUUCCUCUCAGCAAUCCCCGGCCCCAGAAAGCGAAGCUUCGACAACUGUAGAUGAUAAGAAUACCAACGAUGCCGAAGUCUCUGAACAGAAUGAGUCUACAGAGGCCUCAAAGGAAGCAUCUACAUCGGAACCUGCCGACAAAGAAACCAAACCUGAAUCAUCAGUAACUGAAACAAAAGAGGAAUUUACAAAAAAAGGUAAGGAGGAUUCUUCUAAUGCCACUGAAGGUGCUUCCAAUGAGCACGAAACCAAGAAACCGAUAGAUGACAAGAAAGAAGAAGAAGCGACCGAAGAAGCCGAAAAGUCAAAGAGCCCUCAAGAAGAAAAUUCAUUUGAUGAAGAAAAAGAAAGCCUUCGAAAAGAAGUCUUACAUUUGAAAGAUAAGUUGAGCGGUUCCGAAAAUGCAAAUCAAGAAACAGUCAAGAAACUGGAAAAAAAGGCUUUGUCUUUGAAAAAUGAUAGCGAGAAUUCCAAACGUGAUUUGGAUUCGACGGUAAAAAAGUUGGAAGAGUUGAAGUUAGAGAAAGAUCGUAUAUCACAGCAUGCGACAGAAAGCACAGAAAGCGGACAGGAAAAAGAAGCUUCAUUGGAACGUAAAGAGCAAGAGUUGAAAGCGAAAGAAGAAAGCUUAAACCGACAAAAGGAAGAGUUGGAAAACCAAUCAAAACAAUUUCAACAAGAACAAGAGUCGUUCCAAUCCUGGAUGGAUUCUGAACAACAGUCUCUGAAUGAGCGUCAGUCAUCCCUUGACAAGAGAGAAUCCGAUUUGACAGAGCGCGAAAACAAGCAUACGCAAGCAAACAAAGGUCAAGAUGAUCAGCACCAACGGGAGCAAAGUUUAGAGACGCAGGUUCGUGAUCUAAAAGGUGAAAAGCAAUACCUCGAAGAGGCCAUAGAAAGAUACAAAGCGGCAAUGGAUGAGUUUGCUGAAUGUCAACAACAACUCCGAGAAUUGCAAAACAUGCAAAAUAAACAGACUGGACAAUUCUCUGCAGGAGGAAGCUAUGAAGACAAUUUUACGUUUGAACCAAUAGAUAAUGUAUCCAUAGAUUUGACGUUAACAGGUUUUCCUGGAGCGCAUGGUGUACCCUUUGAAGUUUAAAAGGAUUUAUUCCUUUUUUUUUAUUUUCUUUUAUUUUCGACUCUCAUCUGCGCUGAACAUCAUCAUUAUUGGGAUGCUUAAUGAACAAGACAACUUUAAAUAUACUGCUAGUAAACAGGAUUUUACCUGCGAAAUG